GAAGAAGAAGAAGAAGAAGAAGAAGAAGCUUCACUGGAUUGGGAAACCAGAAGAAACAUAAUCCUCGAUAUCGCUAAAGGUCUCUGCUACUUACACGAAGAAUGCAGGCACAGAAUCGCACAUUUAGACAUAAAGCCACAAAACAUUCUGCUCGAUGAGAAAUUUAAAGCCAAAGUUGCAGAUUUUGGAAUGUCUAAGCUGAUUGAUAGAGAACAGAGGGAGGUGAUGACCAGAAUGAGAGGAACGCCUGGUUAUUUAGCUCCAGAAUGGUUAACUUCGAUCAUUACUGAAAAAGUUGAUGUUUAUAGCUUCGGAGUUGUGGUUCUGGAAAUCAUGAGCGGAAGAAGGAACUUGGAUCCUUCUCAGCCUGAAGAAGCUGUUCAGUUAAUUGCUCUGUUGGAAACAUUAAAGAUUGAAUCUUUGCCGGACAUUUUUCUGCAGAACAUCAGAAACAUUUGCAGAGAUGAAGAAGAUGCGAUUAAGGUGAUGGGAUUAGCUUUGUGGUGCCUGCAGAGUGAUUGUAAGAGAAGGCCGGCCAUGUCUAUGGUGGUUAAGGUUUUGGAAGGUUUGGAAGAGGUGGAAUCUGAUAUAGAGUUUGACUUCUUUGGGAACUAUCAAACUUCGCAGCAGAGUGGAGGCCAUUAAAGCUCCGGAAGAAGAGUAAAAUUCUGUGUUUUUGUAGAAAGAAAGCGAAAUUUCUAAUCACUGAAGACAAAUUCUGGAUCAUUGGGAAAUAUCUGGCAGCCAUUGAUGAACAUCAAGCUUCGAAAAAAAAUUAAAUUUUAAUUAUUUUG